AUGGCUUUGAAGGAGGCGGGCGGCAGCAUCCUGCCCAUCAGCGACAUGGUAUCGGGGCCGUCGGGCUCGCCGUUCCCCGAGGUGGUGGAGCUGAACGUGGGGGGCCAGGUGUACGUGACGAGGCACUCCACGCUGCUCAGCGUCCCGGACAGCACGCUGGCCACCAUGUUCUCCCCGUGCCGGGGCGGCCCGGCGGCGGCCCGCCAGCUGCCCAGGGACAGCCGGGCGCGCUUCUUCAUCGACCGCGACGGCUUCCUCUUCAGGUACGUGCUGGAUUACCUGCGGGACAAGCAGCUGGCGCUGCCCGAGCACUUCCCCGAGAAGGAACGGCUCUUGCGGGAGGCCGAGUACUUCCAGCUGGGCGACCUGGUGAAGCUGCUGUCGCCCAAGGUCACCAAGCAGAGCUCGCUCAACGACGAGGGCUGCCAGAGCGACCUGGAGGACAGCAACUCGCAGGGCAGCAGCGACCGGCUUCAGCGGGCGGCGCUGGACAAGCGCUCGGGCUUCCUCACCGUGGGCUACCGCGGCUCCUACACCACGGUGCGGGACAACCAGGCGGACGCCAAGUUCCGCCGCGUCGCCCGCAUCAUGGUGUGCGGUAGGAUCGCCCUGGCCAAAGAGGUCUUCGGAGAGACCCUCAACGAGAGCCGUGACCCCGACCGGCCCCCUGAGAAGUACACCUCCCGCUUCUACCUCAAAUUCACCUACCUGGAACAAGCCUUCGACCGGCUCUCCGAGGCGGGCUUCCACAUGGUGGCUUGCAACUCCACCGGCACCGCCGCCUUCAUCAACCAGUACAGGGACGACAAGAUCUGGAGCAGCUACACAGAGUACAUCUUCUUCAGGCCCCCCCAGCGAACCAUUUCCCCCAAACAAGACCACGAGGAAAGGAAGCACGACAAAGUUUUGGACAAGGGCAGUGAAAGUGGGACUUCCUGUAACGAGUUGUCCACCUCAAGCUGUGACAGCCACUCGGAAGCGAGCACCCCUCAAGAAAAUGCCACCAGCACUCAGCCGUCCACAGCCCACCAGCCAAAUACCCUGACCUUGGAUCGUCCCUCUAAGAAGGCUCCAGUGCAGUGGAUGCCACCCCCAGACAAACGCAGGAACAGUGAACUCUUUCAAACUCUCAUUAGCAAGUCCAGAGAAACAAACCUCUCUAAGAAGAAGGUGUGUGAGAAGCUGAGUGUUGAAGAAGAAAUGAGAAAAUGUAUUCAAGAUUUUAAAAAAAUCCACAUUCCAGAUUACUUUCCAGAGCGCAAACGUCCCUGGCAGUCUGAACUUUUACAGAAAUAUGGGUUAUAGUAAUCAACUCUUUCCUGACGUAUCUCUGAGGCAUUUGCUGUUUGUUACGUUGCCUCUAACUUACUGAUGUCCUCCUCCUGGCCAACUCUGCCACCAGAGCUAUUCCUGCUGCUUAUUUCUUUCUGUGAACAGUGGAUGUUGGAUAGUACAUGUUUU